AUACGCAACGCCUAUCAUGUUGGCUCAGUUCAUUUACAGGAGGUGGGUGUGCAUCUGUCAUAUGCUUGCUUCCAUUCUCGCUGUGAACCUAGAGGAUUCUAGCUGAUACCUGCUGCUUGCACACUCUUUGACCAUCUCUGUGAUUCUAAACAAUAAUUUGAAGCCUGAACAUUCAUUAAGAGUGAGAAGAGCAGAGUGUUUUCGAGAAAUUUGAUUGAAAACAGAAGUCUUUUUUUCCCCGAAGUCCAGCUUAAUCAAGGAAUGUCAACAGCUAUCUUGGUUUCUCUUGUAAGGAAUGGACGGUGUCAAGUGAAAAGACGAGCAUUGACAUUAUGCUUUCAGCAAGAAAAUAGUUGCAGCACCUCAACCAGGCACUGCUCUUCUGUUAACCGCAGGUGUUUCUCUUCACGUUUUGACCUGGAUGGCAGUGGCCGUCCUGCUACCUGGGACUCCUUUGGUAUUUGGGACAACAAAAUAGAUGAGCCGAUUCAGCUUCCACCCAGCAUAAAGUAUGGCAAGCUCAUUCCUCACAUCAAUCUUUCCAAAGUUGGCUGCUCUACGCAGUUGGGAAAGAGGAAGGAAAAUGAAGAUAAGUUUAAACUGGCCCGUCUAACACCAGAUGUAUUAUAUUUUGCUGUAUAUGAUGGACAUGGAGGGGCUUCAACUGCUGAAUUCUGUGAUAGGUUCAUGGAGGAUUAUAUCAAAGAGUUCCUUGUAGAGGAGCAUGAUCUGGAAAAGGUACUGGUGAAAGCCUUCCUAGAAAUAGACAAAGCAUUUGCAAGGCAUGCUCAUCUUUCUGUUGAUGCGUCUCUUUUGACCUGUGGAACUACUGCAACAGUGGCCUUGCUGCGGGAUGGCAUUGAGCUUGUGGUAGCGAGCGUUGGAGAUAGUCGUGCACUGUUGUGUCGGAGAGGAAAGCCUUUUAAGCUCACUAUUGACCACACGCCUGAUCGAAAGGAGGAGAAGUUAAGAAUUCGGAAAAGUGGUGGCUUUGUUACAUGGAACAGCCUUGGGCAGCCCCAUGUGAAUGGCAGGCUUGCAAUGACCCGAAGUAUAGGGGAUCUGGACCUGAAACCCAUGGGUGUUAUAGCUGAACCUGAAACCAAACGAGUAAAGCUGCAGCACACUGAAGAUGGUUUCCUGGUGCUGACUACUGACGGCAUAAACUUCAUUGUAAACAGCCAGGAGAUCUGCGAUAUUAUUAACCAGUGUCAUGAUCCCAAAGAAGCAGCACAAGUGCUCACUGAGCAGGCUAUACAGUAUGGCACAGAAGAUAACAGCACUGCUAUCGUUGUCCCAUUUGGGGCCUGGGGAAAGCACAAGAGCUCUGAAGUGAGUUUCUCCUUCAGCCGUGGCUUUGCAUCAAGCGGGAGAUGGGCUUGAUCCCACUACUGAACUGUACAUCAUGGCAUGUGAGCCAUUGUAUCUAUAGCACAAAAUACGUGCAAAUCUGCAUUAUGUAUAUAGUUGGCUUUCCAAUAUGGUGUUUUGGUUUUGUUCACUCCAUCGGUGGAAGAGAAACUUGACUGUUUUGAAGUAUCCCAGCUCAUGAAUGCAAACCCUUGGGUGGAAUUUACAUUUUUGCAAAUUCAAGAAAAGGGGAUCAACUGGUUUUGUUAAAUAAGGCUGGUAUGUAAUGUGAAAACUGUCAGAAUAACUGCUAAACCUUCUUUCCUUCUAACGUGAUUAUAAUGUAAAUAGUUGUGAGAUGCUCCGUGCAACUAAAAGGGAGACAUGAACUGUUACAUUUCAUUACAUCAGGAAUAUGUUACAUUCUCCCAGAAUUCCCCAACAUAAGUAACUGCCAAGGUAUGCUGGUAAUUCUCUAGAAGUCCAGAGGGCAAAAUCUGCCCUACAUUAACACCGCACAGUAUGAUAUUUUGGCACAGACAAGUGCAGUGCUUUAAUGCUCAUGUUGAACUGCAGCAGUGAUACUUUCUUCGUCUUAUUAUUUAUAUAACAUGGCUGUUUAAACUCAAAUGACCUGUAAAUUGUGUGUAAUUUUCUGUACAUAACAAAUACCGUUUUUGUAAUUUGUAAAUCAAGAAUAGUAUUGUCUUUGUGUUCUCCUCACUAGUUGUCUGUAGUCUUAUGGGAGCUGGAAGACAGGCUCUGGUGUCACCACAGGUUGUUAAAUAUAACUCCUGCCUAAUCUCUUGGGCCUCAUGUUUUUAUAUGGUCUUUGAACUCCUCGGUAACUUAUAAUAUUCUUAUAAUUUACAAGAGGGGGUAAUUUAUUCACUAUAUAAUACUUACUGGGUCCUGCUGUCACAACUUUUGGGACAAGAAGAGCAUUAAGCAAAAAUACCUUACAGAGAGGGGACAGAGGCAACCUUCAGCACUUCUUAUAUUCUAGAACUACAAAUCACUGCAUGCCUCUAUCUUAUGUGUUGGUGAAUGAAUGCUGGAAUUAAUAACUCUGCAACAUCUACGCGCCAAAGGUUACCUUUAUUAUUAUUAUUAUUAUUAUUAAGUAAUAAUUCAGUCCACUAAACAUCUUGCACAAAUUGCCCAUACAAAAUGUUUAUGAAAGUCUCAUCAUUAGAAUAAUUAGCAUAUACCUUUAUUUGUUUAUUAUUGCAAUCCUAGCACAGAUCUGAAUGUCAGUAUUGCACUACAGAAGCUAGCUAAACAUUAAAACAUUGCCCUGUGAUGCUAUUUUCUAUGGCAAGAUUGUACUGACCCAGUGGGUUGAACUACUGGAUCACACAGGAAGCACGUGAGAGGUUUGACCUUUCCCAUUUUGUAUGAAUUAAUGACCUGCUGAUAUACACCAGUGGAGUGUAUAACUGGGCUGCACCAAAUGGCAAAGUGAUUGUAUUUAAUUGUAUUUAAACUCCAUGCAAUUAGUGUGUCCCUGAUUUUUCUAGUAACCGUACGACCAGGAGAUCAGCUGACCCAAAAGUCUCAUACACAGAGCAACUGGCAUGAACUAAAUCCAUGGGCGAACCAUUUUACUCUGUGUGGCCAGCUAUACAUUAACCCUGUGAGCUGAUCAAGUGUUGUUGUAUCGGUUUUCAGAUGUUAUGCACUUUUAAUCCGCCAAUAUUGUAAAAUGAACUUUUGUACAGAGGAUUGUAUGAUUCUUCCUACUAUAUAUUUAUAUAUAUAUAUAUAUAUAUAUAUAUAUAUAUAUAUAUAUAUAUAUAUAUAUAUUUGUAUAUAGGGAUGUGUGAAUUUGUAUGGAAUAAACUAUACUGAAUAUGAUGACUUACUAAUUAUUUGCUUUAUAUUAAAUUAUAUAGUAUCUUAAAAGAAGGAAUGCCUUAAAACACUAUUUUGCCCCUCCCAAAAAAAACCCAAUUCAAAUACUACCCACAAUUAAGUGUUUUACAUUCAGCGAUCUCCAUUCAUCUUAAUAAACAUUGUAUAGGAAUUUCAAAAUGUUUGAAUUAAAAAUUAAUUUACACAUAGGGGCAGAUUUGUUAAGGUUUUUGUUAAUGUUUUCCACAAAAAAAUCGGGUUUUCAAUUUUAUUUUACUUGGUCAAAAAUCAAUUUAAAAAAAAAGUUGUAUUAUACCCCGACCGUGGAAAUUAUACCCCGAUCUGAAAAAAACCUGUCGAGGUCAUAUAGAAGUCAAUGUCAGAGGUCCCCUUAACAAUUUGAAGAUGUUUAUAACCUGCACAAUGUUCAAGUUUUUUUUGUUUUUCAGAGGGUUUGCCCAAAAACUCAAUCAAUCCAAGUUUUUUCCCAGGUUGUUAUCUCGAACUUUCUGAUUCAAGUGUUUUUCCAUUUGAGUUUGUUCUUAAAUUAGAAACCAUUUGAGUUGUGAGGUAUAAAAAAAACCACUUAAGAUAAAUAACCCCCAUAAUGUCAGUUUCAUCAAAACAUUGUAUUUUAUAAACUUAUAUUGCUGGAAUAAAGCCAAAAGAAGAAUGACUGACUACGCUGAUAAAGGAUUAGAAGGACAAAAAUAGAGAAAAGUUGGUUAAUUGAAAACUACAGAAUGUAUGAGGACAGGAUUACACACAACCAUAAUAUACAGUAGGUACAGUAUGAGUAUGGUUCCUAAAAGUUGCACUAGAGGGCCAGCAUUGAAAGUAACAGUGAAACUGGUUAGAAGUUGGAUUCAGAUCCACCAGACCUGUUUAAUCGGUCCCCAGGCUAAACAUUUUUUAUUUGGCUUUAGUGUAAACCUUGAACUGGAUCUUUGAAGGAAUGAUGUGUUUGUCCGACAUGACUUGCUGCUCAGUGGUGCUUAUGUACAAACUGUUCCAAAUUUCUGCCAGGAAAGCCAAAUGAAUAAGGGCUAGGCCCAUUCCUUUACCCUACAAUCUAUACAGGGAAGAGCACCGUUAAAGAACCGGUUACUUAAGGUAUAUUCUGCUUUUUAUGGUACAAUACAAACCAAUCAUGAGUUGAAUUUCCAGUAAAAAAAUGUUUUCUUGCAGACACUAUUUAAUUGUUUACAUUAAUCCAUCGGUUAAUAUUGUCAUUGUUAUUUCUAAUUAUUUGUCAUAUAUAUAAUGUUGAUUGAUUUUAUUGUGAAAGUGUUCAUUUCUACAUUCUGAGAAACAGGCAAUUACAUAUUUUAAGAAAUAAAACUUUAUACUGUUUAUGGAUAGGUAUGUUCUUAAGAAUCAAGAAUUGUCUGAUUACAAAAAGUAAUACAAUAUAUAGUAUUGUAAGGUACAAUGUUAAUUUAUAUAAUACAAGGCAGACAAUUGUUUUUUUUGGACACAAUCUAUUUUACAUUAGGAUGGCCACAACUGGUAGGUCAACCAAAUGCAUUAACCCUGCAACAAUCGAGGUGGAAUAAAUUACAAGCAUUGA